AAUAAUAAUAGAGAAAACCAGUUGUGUCUCUGCUCUGGACUUUCAAAUGAAGCAACAUGCAGACCUCUUAAUGUUUUCUCCUUUACCCUCCAGGGAGGUCCAGGAUGUGAAUACUGCAGAGUCAGUGGAAGUGACAUCAAGGAGGCUCUCGGUUUGAACUCCAUCUCAACGUUUGGAGGUUGUGUCCCAUGGCCGUGUCUGGCCUUGGUGGGAAAAGAAGACCCUCACAUCUGUCAACACUACGUCCAAGCCCCCACUGAUGUGACAGUGGAGUUGGUGCAGGAUUCAAACCCUACAUCAGACUCUGUGGUGAUCUCCUGGAAACCCAGUUACUAUGGCAUCGCCUUCCUGCGAGGCUUUCAGGUGAUUCUGCAGGCUCUGGGAGGAUCCACUGUGGCCUGUCAGCUGUUGCUCUUCCACCGUAACCUCUCCCUCCCCGUGUCACAUGCUGAAAGGGUGUACCGGUCGGAUCCCUUCCAUGGCCUCUCCCUGGAUUCUCAGUACGCUGUGACUGUCAUGGCUCUGCCUGUUCCUGAGGAGUGGGAGAAGUUCUAUAAGAACAAGAUCUUCUCCACACGCUCCUGUGCAGAGAAGAACGGUCUUGAGGCGUGCAAAAAAGACUGGUAUCCUGAGCAGGUUAAGGUCCAGCAUGAUGGAAUUGACAUCUCUGUGACCUUUAACCUGGCUCCUGAAGAACUGGGCAUAUCGAGCUACUUCUCACUUUGUUACACAAGUGGAAUGAAGACAUACACGGACAUCAAACCAAACUACAAGCAAAACAAGACUCACUGCACCUACCACCUCAAAGACCUGCAGGAGGAAACCAAUUACACCUGUGAGAUCGCCGCAAAUGAAGUGGAUGCAGUCCGACGAACGUUCAAUGUUUACGUGCCAAGAAUCCAUACAGACCCUGUAAUCACUCCCCCUCCAUCUUUGGCCCUGGUGCUCCCUGUGUGUCUGGCUGUGCUCUGUGUACUGCUCAUCAUGCUGGCUGCUCUCAUCAUCAGGAGGAGGAGGAGGAGGAGAUCCAAGGAACCCAAGAUGAAGAAGCAUCACAUUAAUCCAGACAUUUUAAAGCAGCAUGAAGACUCCACAGGCCAGGAGGAGGUGGUGUUGUUACCUGGGAGGAGAGCGACUCCUCCUCGUCUUCUGCUCUGCUACAGUAGUCGUGACGGAGCAGCUCAUGUCAAAGCAGUCCUGCAGUUAGGAGCCUUCAUACAGCAGCACAUGGCCACACAGGUGUGUCUGGACCUGUGGGAUUCUCUGAGCGUGGCUGAAGAGGGCAGUGUGGUCUGGCACUGUCGACAGAUCCGUGAAAGCGACUUCAUUUUGGUCAUCUGUUCCAAAGGACUCAACUACAGACACCAGAGUCCAGCAUCAGGGAGCCAGGAGGAGGAGGAGGCCAAGAUGUUUGGUACCUUCAGCUCUGACGCAGUUGUCCAACUCAUCAGAGAGGAGGUCUGUCAAGCCAAAGCCAGAGGCCAGGAUCUGUCCAAAUACAUGGCGGCCAUUUUUGAGUAUUCUGAAGAAACCGACAUCCCCACUGAGCUAAGGCUGGUUCCUCACUACACGCUUACCAGUGACCUGCCGCUGCUCUUCUCCCACCUCCACAGUGUGGCGCUGCACCAGCCUGGAGGUUACCUGAAGAUUGGCAACAUGUCUGAAGAAGGUUUUUCCAAAUUGCCAGCAGGAGCUGCUCUGCAAACUGCUAUCCAUGAGGCAGGGACGGCAACGAAAGGACAAAGACGACACUCUGUGGACGGAGUGGUUUGAAGACUUGUAUCAGAUAUCUUAAGAUGAAUUUUGGGCUUACAUUAGAAUCAGAUAUUCUGUGGACAUCCCGAUUUAUCAACAACUGCUUAUGCCGCAAAGAAACUUGAAAACACAGUGGAAGGAUAAAUUGAGGGCGGAGCAUUUCAGAGACGGUUCCAGAACGGUUCUACUGGAUCAAGAUAAAGACAGAGCAAUUAUUUAAAACCAACCUUUAAGACUUGUAUUAUUUGUUUUUUGACACAGUACUUUACUUUGGUUCUCCCAUCCCAGAGCCACUUCACAACUGAUGAAGCCUCUGGGAUGAAAUUCAAAUGUCUUCAUGAAACGUUAGGCAGUUAGGGAAUGACCUGAAUGACAGAUCUUCACAUACUAGUUGCUAACUUGUUUUUUUGGGAUAUCCUGUUGUUUCCUCUUUAUAGUUGAUCAUUUUACCAAUGUUUCUGGGCUGAGGUAUGGCUAUUUUUGCUUUUUCUGGACUAACUGGGUUUUUAAUGGUAUUAUUUGUAAGUAUAUAUAUUAGUAAAGAUUUUAUCUUUAUUAAUAGCAUUAUUUGCAUAUAUCAGGACAACCUAAAUUGCUUUGUAACGCAAAAUUUCACUUUGAUCUUGGGUGGGUCUUUGAGCCACUUUUGCUAUUAGACUGAUUAUAACACAUUCUUAGCUUAUUUGUAGUUACUCCUGUUUUACUACAUAUCAAUGUUUUAGCCAAAUUUCUCUUUUUUGCAUAUUUUUGGGUUACUGAUGGUCAUAUAUUUGGCAAAUUGUACAGUAGCUAUUUCUUCCUCACUCUAAUUUCUGUUAUUUUGGCUAACUUUUUUUAGCUCUGAUUACACAAACACAGUAUGGCUGGACAAUGAUUACAAAUUUUAACCUUGUAAUUAAUCGCACUGUUUCGCAGUCUCCUUGAUUUACAGACCAUCAGCUCUGAAAUGUCUUAACGUUUGUAAGUAAUGGAAGGCUUUUUUAUUAAAUACUCUAGCUAAAAAUCUUUGUUAAUGGUCAGUAAAGCUAACAGUUAUUUAUGUUUGUUCUGGCUCAUCAUUUAGGCCAAUCAAAUGUAAUAUUAAUGCCAAAUUUGAAGACAAACAUGAAGUGCAGUCAGUACAUUAAGGCACAUGUUUAUUAACUUUCGAUAUGUAAUUAAUGCUAUUUUAACAUUUAUGUAUUUUUUGAAGAAAUGUAAUUGUUUUAAAAUGAGAUAAUAAAAGUUUAAUUUACUUUGCA